GACAAAAUCAGAGUCAGGGUCAUUUGCUUGCUCGCGAGUUUGGAAUUAAUAAUGCCACUCUGAUAAAGCCGCCCAGGAUCCUGCUGUACUUCUACGACACCCAUUUCAAAUUCCAGCGGGCCACCAUGAUGGCUUCAGCGGCGCCGUUAAGGAAAUAUCAGACUGAGCUCAGAGACACAGGUUACAUCAGCAGGGAGGCAUUGAAGGCCAAGCUAGUGGAGAUAUUUGGGCAGAUGAAUUUCAAGAUCAGCACGAAGAAUGAAAGAUGGAUAUACUACGCGCCACGAAGACUGACUCCGGAAGAAAUGCAAUCAAUUAUGCCCCAUGGUGAAACCUAGCUUCUGGGCAAGGCUGAGUUUGCUUGUUUUUUUCUCUCGAUUUUGGUGUUUGGGUCGCCGAUGGGGGGAGCUGUGCCAACGCAGUCGGUACAGAGGGGGUGACACAAGUCGCAGAUUGGUUGCCGGAACCAUGUAUAUAUGCAACCAACCAAAAACAGAAACUGCCUUGAAUGCGGCCUCUUAC